GUUUCUUUCCUCGUGUUACCGCUUGCCAGUUCUUGAGCUCAAUGUUUAUUGGAGACACAACCGUAGUGAUGCAGUCAGGGCAGAAGAAUGGCGCAAGCAGAAAGAGCACCGAGUUUUCUCCACUUACCAGUGAAAGCGAAAACAUCAUGUUUCGGAUAUCUUCGGGUUUUAUUUUUUGCACUUUUUCAUAUAGCUCAGGCAAACAAACAAGCUUUCAUCCAAUCAGACACAAUCUUAGAGGUACUUCACUUUGGUGAGGGAGGCCUACUGCAGACAGAGCCUGACCUUCACCUGGGUUCAUAUCAUCAAAAAAGCUCACCCUUACAGCGAGGGAACGGAAGGCCCAUUGGCUUUGAGCCAUCCAUGCUGGACUUCCACGAACAGCCGGUUGGGAUGCCAAAAAUGGAGAAGGUGUACUUGCACAAUCCUAGUGCAGAGGAAAUAAGUUUGAUAUCUAUAUCAGCGACAACUGCACAUUUUCAUGCGUCAUUUUUUCAAAACAGGAUAAUCCCGCCUGGCGGGAACACAUCGUUUGAUGUGGUCUUCCUUGCUCGAGUAGUAGGGAAUGUAGAGAAUACUUUAUUUAUUAAUACUUCACAUCAUGGCGUGUUUACAUAUCAGGUGUUCGGGGUGGGCGUCCCUAACCCCUACAGGCUGCGGCCGUUCAUUGGGGCCAGGGUCCCGGUCAACAGCAGCUUCUCUCCGCUCAUAAACAUCCACAACCCCCACAGUGAGCCGCUGCAGGUGGUGGAGAUGUACUCCAGUGGAGGGGACCUUCAUCUGGAGCUCCCCACGGGGCAGCAGGGGGGAGCCCACAACCUGUGGGAGAUCCCCCCAUUUGAGACAAAGGGGGUGAUGAGGGCCAGUUUCUCGUCACGAGACGCAGACAACCACACAGCCUUCAUCCGGAUCAAAACUAACGCCUCCAACCAGGACGAGUUCAUCAUCCUGCCUGUGGAGGUGGAGGUCACGUCCGCCCCGGGUAUAUACUCGUCCAUAGAAAUGCUGGACUUUGGGACUCUACGCUCCCAAGAUCGACCAAAGCAGUUGAAUUUGCACCUUCUUAAUUCUGGGGGGAAAGAUGUGCAAAUAACCAGCGUUCGAACAACACCGUCAAACGAUGCUCUCACAAUAGACUUCAAAGCAGUCACGCUGAAAUCCGGGGAACAUCGAUACAACAAAGUCGCUAGUAUUAGUUUUGAUGCGUCAAAAGUUCAAAAAGCAUCCCAGUCCUACGGUAAAAUAACAGUAAAAGCGAAAGAGAAAAGUUACUCCAAACUUGAAAUCCCAUACCAAGCUGAAGUUUUAGACGGUUAUUUGGGGUUCGACCAUACAGUCACGUUGUUCCACAUCCGGGACAGCGUUAUAGAGCCAGUGGUCAAGCCCAUCCACCUCACCAACACCUUCAACUUUGCCAUUCACAUUCAUCACGUGUCCCUACCAGAUGAAGCCAAGACCAUGUUCUUAGUGCAGAACUUCAGUGAGCCAGUGUUGAUCCCCCCCCAGGAGUCUCACUACAUCUUCUCCCUCCACUUCGCCUGUACGCCCAGUCCGAAUCACAUCGACAGCAACAUCCUGCUGGUCACCAAUGCUUCCAAGUUCCACCUCCCCGUCCGCGCCUACACUGGCUUUUUGGAGCCCUUUGCCCUGCCCCCCAGUCUGCACGAGGACUUCCUAGACUUCGGUGUUCUCAGUGCCACAGAAACCAGCAGCAUUAUAUUUGUGGUCAUCAACAGCAACCCCAUUGAGCUGGUGAUAUGCGUCCUGGCUAAUGACGGGGGAGAGUCUGAGCAUGGAGCUCUUGAGAAUCGAGAGAGGCCAGCCGUACCGACAGUGCUGACCAAGGUCCAUGGAGCUCCAAGAUGCCCCCGUCUCCCCGCACAGAACGGUAAUGGUUUCGCCGCCAGUGUCCCCAGACUGACUGAGUCUAGCUCAUUACGUGGGUGGGAGAGCAUGAGGGUGAUCCUAGCCUCGGGCUACUACGCUGCGUUCCGGGUCACCCUGGUGACCCAGUACCUGGAGGGAGCCUAUGACGGAGCUAUUCACAUCACCACUGAUUACCAGAUACUAACGAUACCAGUGAAAGCAGUUAUUGCAGUGGGCACGUUGACCAGCUAUCCCAAACACAUUGUCCUCCCUCCAUCCUUUCCUGGUAAAAUAGUGCAGCAGAGUUUGAGCAUUGUGAGCUCAUUCUCUCAAAAGGUGACCCUGUUGAAAAUCCGCUCCUUGACGGAGGACUCGCGUUUCUACUACAGGAAAAUAAAAAGUAACCGGGAUGAGCUGGAACCUAAACGCAAGUCGAAGGUGGCCAAGAUUUACUUCGACUCCAGCUUGCUUUGUGGCGACCACUGUUAUGUGGGGGUACCGUUUGUUCUGAAAUCUGAGAACAAACCGCCGGCGCUCUCGAUGCAGGAGGAUAUGUGGGAUCUUGAUGUCGAUUUGUAUCAAGUCCUCCGUAAGAGAUGGAAAGAGCUGAAAGAGAGUUCAGGACAUGUGGUGGAGGCUGUGUUUGAAGCCAACGCCGAUCUUCAGAAGAAUGUUAAAACCAGAGUGUCUGCUCAGCUGCAGUGGCCUUCUGUAAUCAACUCCUCCCAUCGGGUCCUGUUCCCUCUUACUAGCGUCAACAGCUCAUCGGAGGUAGAAGUAGUCCUGGAGAACCCAUCCAACUUCCCUGUCUAUGUUCAGGUCCUGCCCAUAGCGCUGUACCCCAACGUUUCCGCUGUCACUGACCAACUUGCCCAAAUGUUUCCCCUAGAGAGGCUCCCACAUUUCACCAGCAACACAUUCGAGUUCCAGAUACAAAAAAAACAUAUGUCCACGGGCAAAGGCAGUGCCAGCUUUUCUGCGGGCUCCACAGCACAGCCCCAUGUUUACAACCUGAUACUACAGCCAGAGGAAGUGAGGUCGCUGCGUGUCAGAUUCUCCCCGGUCAGCAACCACACCGUCACCUCGCUGCUCAUACUGAGGAACAACCUGACAGCGCUGGAGUUCCUGGUGGUGCAGGGUCAGGGAAGCUAUGAGAGGUUAAAGAUGGGUGGCAAGGCCCCGGGUCCAGGAGGCUUCCUCCGGUUCAAGAUGACCGAGUCGCUGCUGAAGGACUGCAUAGACAAAAUUAAGUUGAAGGAGCCGAACUUCACUCUGAGAAGGUCCUUUAAGUUAGAGAACACAGGGCAGCUGGAGAUCAACAUUGUAUCCACGGAAAUCAACGGACGUCUCUGUGAGGGAUUCGGCUUUAAAGUCCUCAAUUGUCAAGAGUUUGCAAUUAAACCCAACACUUCAAGGGAGAUUGUGAUAUUGUUCACCCCGGACUUCACAGCCUCCAGGGUGAUCCGUGAGUUGAAGUUCAUCACCAGCGGAGGGUCCCACUUUGUGUUCUCCCUCAACGCCUCCCUGCCCUACCACAUGCUGGCCUCCUGUGCCGCCGUCCUCCCCAGGCCCAGCUGGGAGCUGGAGCUCUACGUCAUCAUCUCCGUCAUCAUGAGUUCCAUGUUUCUGCUGGUGAUCGUAACAGCCUAUCUUGAGGCGCUGGGGAUCUGGGAGCCCUUCAAGAGACGCAUGUGCUUUGAAUCGUCCAACACCUCCAUGGAGACCGGGAGGCCCUUUGACCUCAGGGAGAUAGUACGACUUCAGAACGAUGCACAUAUAAAUGGUUUCGUUGGAGAAGCCAACCACAACUCCCUCCGAGGGUUGCCAGGCUCUGCCUCCAGGGCCGGUAUCAGGAACACCAGAGGAGGCCACAGCCGAGGCCCCACACAACCCUCUGCCCCCUCCAACCAGCCAGGCUCCAAAGCCUCCGACAGUACCAUCUCCCCAGGCCAGCAAGCCGGCCGCAAGGCCCGGAGCCCCAAGCAGCCCCAGCAGCCACCUCCAGAAAACCAGCAACCACCCUCACAGACCGAUAACUCAGCCCCAGGGAGAGGUCCGCUAGAUGGGCCACGCCUGCACAGCUCGGAGGACUCUGACUACGUCAGCCUGGUGGAGGCCAUGGAUAAAGACCUGGACAGGCCAGAGUCAGCUGAAGAGGGCAGCAUUUUAGGCAAAGCCAGUGUAGCCAAAACAAAAGUACAGCAGCCCAAAGCCAAGGCCCAAAAGAAGAAAGAGAAAGAGAAGGAGAGGGGGAACAGGGGAAAGGCCCAGGGAGGAGAAGAGCUGAGGGAGGACAACGAUGAGAACUCCUCCACCACCACAGAGACCUCCAACCCAGACAUAGUGGAGGACAAGAAAGGCAGAGCACUCACACUGGAGAAGGAGAAUGAUGAAACCCCUGAAGCUUACUUAAAGUCCAAGAACAAGCAGCCAUCAGGCAUUUCUAAGGAUAAGAGCCAAACAGAUACAAAGUCUAGUUCCCUGGAGCUUCCAUAUGUCACCCCAUUGGAAAUCAAACGCAAGACCUUCAAUUCCAAGACCAUUGUGGCGGUGCAGCAGGCCUUGGCCGGCAGCUCAACCACAACUGCAACAACUAGACCAAUACCUCCUAAACCAAAAGUGCCUCGUGGGAAGCUGGAGGACCUCCAUUCCUCUUCCCUGGCUACGUUCAUGUCUAGCAGCUCCGCAGGGAAUGAGUUCGGGAACAGCAGCGGCUCUGAGAGUGAGAAAGACGUCUCCCCUCCCCCAGAGUGGGACUGUGUACCCCUCCACAAUACCCACAACGCUGUGGACAGUCUCCAGCAGAUCUCUCGGCAGACCAUGAAUGCCGAUCCCUUCCUGAAGAGCCCCAUCAGUACCCCUCCCCCUCCCUCGCCUUGCUUCUCUCUGAGUGGUUCCUACACCAGCAUGACCAACACUGCUACCAGUGAGGUGAGUCAGAUGUCUGCAGCACCAGGCUGUAAGAACAAGCUGACCAAGUCCAACUCGCUGCCUGGUCAGAACGGGAACCCUACUUUUGCCGCUGUGGCGGCCGGAUAUGACAAGAGCCCAGGUGGCAGCAGCGGCAAUUCAGGGAAGUCGGCUGUGGGCAGCAGGGCGGACGUACCGGGGAAGAGCUGCAUCCAGCACGUCUCCUCCGUGGAGAGCGACGGCUCCGACAGCUCGGGGCUGUGGACCCCUUUGGGGAACGGAAGGAGCCCCAGUCUCAGCUCCGUCAACUCCUUCUCGGCCUUCGGACCCAACAACACCUUCAACCUGUCUGGAGUGUUCAGUGGGAUGACCUCUGGUCGGAGUGCAGUGGAGCCCCAUCACAGCUGGCCCGAGUUCAGCCGCACCUCUCAAUCUGUGUGGCCCAGUGAGGCCCUGCAGCCCGUUCACCCUCUACAGCCCUGGUCCCUGCAGCCCACCUCCAGCUCCCCCACCACCCCCACCACGUCCAUCCUGGGAAGCAGCAGCCUGUGGGGGUCCAGCCCUCCGUUCAGCCCCUCCAUCUGGUCCACCAGCGCCCCGUCUGACUCCCCGCUGCACUCCUUCUCGCCCUCCUCCACCUCCCCCACCAUGCACUCCUUCUCCCCGACCUCCACCUCUCCGCUGGCCAAUCUGAUGGGUGGCACCGACGGUGGAACCGCGCCCCAAGCCCAUUCGAACCCCUCCCCAACGGAGCUGAGCCCCACCUACAACCCCUGGAGCAUGUGGAGGCCCACCCUUGGUAGGCGUAGCUCGGAGCCAUGGCCCAACCAAUCAGACAGCAACACCGGCUGAAGGGGUUUCCCGGUGUCCCCUCACACUCUGAAAGACUGUGGAAAAAAAGAAAAGGCAAAUUCCCAUCAUGAAGUUCAAUUUGGUUCUUUAAGCAAAGAAUUGCUCUUAGUCUGUGACCCUAUCCAAAUGUGUAUUAUUAUAAAAAAAACUAUAUCAGAAGAAUGACUGGUCCUUAAGGACAAGUCGUUUAGGUUUUGAUAAAUGCAAUCUGGAAAACCCUAAGAAAUACUAUUUUUAUUUCAUUGUUUAAUACUAAGACUGCACUAUUUUGGUAUUACAGUGUCGUUUUGGAGCCAAGCACCUUGGUUAAGUCGUAUUCCUCCUUUGUUAAUGAAGAUUUUCAUUGAAGGGUUGCAAUGGGUUUGUGUUAAAUACUGACCAUUAGUGGGAAACCUAUUUGUGUUAUGGAAAUAGUCAUUUUCAUGACUGAUGUAUUAAGGCAAUGCCAGUGGGAUUAGUGGGAUAAUUUUCUAUGCCCUUCCUAUCUUCAACACAUUUUAUUUGUUAAACAACUCAACGUUCAUGGCCAGUAUUGUUGAGAGGUGCUUUUUAAGUUAUUUUAAAAACCAUGGUUGAUUUUUAAGAGUUGCGUUUGGGUUUCAGUGACCUCACAUUUAACAUAUUCUCAGUGGAUACAAAGCUUCCCCUAUGUCUGACAUGUUGGAAAUUAGCAAUUUGUCACAAUGUCCAUAUAAAACACAUGAGACAGCUGU